AUGGAAGCUAUGAUGAAGAUGCCAACUCUUCUCAUCCUCCACCUCAUCGCGAUUCAAUGGGAGGAGGCCCUCCCGCUCCAAAAAUCACAAAACUGGACUUACUAUAAUGGCUUGGAGGAACCUACUCGAUGGGUUUGCCAGGUGGAGCAAUUUUUUGAGUUCCAAUGCACCAAAGAGAUGAAUAAACCUCCAAUGGCCAGAUAUCACUUAGAUGGUGAUGUUCAAUUGUGGUAUCUACAAUUCAAACAGAGGCAUGAAGGUGCCAAUUGGGAUGCUUACAAAUCUAAGUUGGAUCUUCGUUAUGGCCCAUCAAGAUUCCAAAACUUUUUUGGGGAUCUUACCAAGCUUAAGCACAUCAGAAGUGUCCGUGAGUAUCAAAUGAAGUUUGACCGAUUGUUCCAUCGAGCAAGCCAUUUAUCCGAGGAUCAACAAGUCAUUGUUUCGUAA